GAGAUCAUCUCGUAUCUCUUGGAUCAUUUUUAUGAUUAAAAUGUAUUCUUGAAUUCUUUCUCAAAGUCCCAUUUCCCUCAAGACUGCAAAACGAAACGACGCAUGGAAGUGUUAGCGGCAAAGUGAAGGGCCAUUUAAACUCCAUCAAUAUGGUUUGGUCCAAGUUCAAGUGGAAGUGUAUCUUCUUUACUUACAUAAUCUUAUUCAACGUUUUUACGAAAUCACUCCCUCUUAUUAAUUCACCAUCUUCAUUAAAAUCUAACAUCGAUUCAGAAAAUAUUGAAACCAAUUUUGCCACAAAGAGUGCGGAGGAAUCACUUGAAAAUUAUAGUGGAAAUAAAUAUGUGACUGACGACGGUGAUGUGACUGUGAAUGCAAACCGAAGUGAUUUAUUCAAAAAUGUUAGACCAGGACAAACUGUACGUUCGUAUGAACUAGAAAUAACAAUCAAUGGAGAUUCGUUCAAUGGACGAGCUUUACUGGAAGUUAAUUUAACGCCAGAUACUAGAGAAGAUUCUAUCGUUCUUCAUGUUGAGGAUUUAAAUAUUAAUUCUGUGAGAGCGGGAAUUAUGGGCGGUUCAAAUAUGCAAGACGUCGACUUUGGUGUUGAUGAUGGAGAACUUGAAAUCUCUCCAGGUACAGCUUCUACGCAUAUGGUUCUUAUAGAGUACAGUGGACAGCUAUCAAACAAUGGACGUGGCCUUUAUUUAGGAGGAAGCGACCAAAACACAUACUUGGCAAUGAAUCUACAUCCAACAUACGCGAGGCGCGUGUUCCCAUGCAUGGACGAGCCUACAGAAGCAUCAAUAAUCUCCUUCUCAUUUGAGGGCCUGGAGUACAAUCAUCUAACAUCCAACGCUAUGCUAGAAGAAAACAGCCAAACCCAUUUCCGACCAUUGGUAGGUCCACCGCACCUUUGGGGUAUGAUAGCACACAAUUUUGGAACUGUCAACUUACCGACUUCCAACGUUGUGCUAUAUGCGAGACCUGGAAUUUCUAACCAAGAAUCACAAGCCUCCGUAGCCAUAAACUUUUUCUUCAAUAACUUAAACGAAUGGACUCAAAAGCCAUACUUCGAAGUGAUAGAGAAUCAAGAUGGCCGAAUGAACAUAAUGGUGCUACCUGAUGUAUCCACAGAUUGGAAUUCACUUUCCACAGUCGGUAUUUGGGAGCCCUAUGUGUUAAUGGAACCAGUUCAUGCAGUGAAACAGAGGGCGAUAGCACUGACUAAAAUAGCAGAGGCUAUGUCGAGGCAAUGGUUCGGAUAUGUGAUCUACCCGCAGAACUGGAGGUACGAAUGGGUCGUCGCAGGAUUCACCACAUACUCGGCGUAUGAAAUGAUGAGAAUGUUCCAAGCCGACUUUGCCACUGAUAUAAAUUUACUAGACGUUAACACAUUAUUCGUAACUGAAGUUAUACAAGAGAGUUUGCUACGCGAUGCUUACAUCAACUCAAAUCCAUUGGAACCUGCAGACGAUCUUUUUGAUGAAGAUGCAAUAAGGGACCAUGUAAAUGGACUCGUCAAGAUAAAGAGUGCUGCCAUCAUGAGAAUGAUCAGACUUGUGCUCGGUGAUGAUGAAACCGAUUUUAUUCAAAUAGCAGCGAGAGCUCUCCUCAAUAUGCGAUCGCUAGAAACUAUAAAUACAUUGAAGUUUAUAGAUGGAAUAAAUAGUGAAUUAGUAGAUAGUACGGUUGGUGACUUUGACGAAUAUUUAGAUCCAUGGAUAACUAGCAACGGGUAUCCCCUUUUACGCGUUGAAACCACGUUUAGCGGAGUUUUGCUGCAUCAGACACCCUUCGCUUUUACAAAUAGAGAGUCGCCAAGCCGUCUCUUACCAAUAACCUACACAACGAGUAUAGAAAAGAACUUCGAUAAUAUCCAUCCGCAGUUUAUGUUAGAUAUUAACCAUAACUUAAACGUAUUCUUGGAUGAGGAAGAUUGGAUCCUCUUCAAUAUUCAGGGGCAAGGAUAUUAUCGCGUUACCUAUGACACUGUGCUUUGGGAAAGAAUUAUCGAAGCCCUUGAAGAUCCUGACAGAAGGGAAGAAAUACACCCCUUGAAUCGAGCUACUCUCGUAGACGAUGCUCUUAACUUGGCCAGAGCUGGACAGCUGGGCUACGACAUAGCAUUUUCAGUAGUCCUAUCCAUGGAACAUGAAACUGAAUAUGCCGUGUGGAAGGCUUUCGUUAGAAAUAUGAAUUUCUUGAAGAAACGACUAGAAGCUUUUGUAUUUGACGAUGACGAUUUAGAUCCUGAUAUUUAUUUGAGAAUGGUCCGUAGAACUAUACCAACUUUUGAAAGAGAAAUAGGGUUCUAUCCUGAUACGUCUAUAAAUGAGCCAUCGAUGACCUCAUUGACUCGAGGUCUGGUGAUGGACCACGCUUGUAGAGCUGGGUACCGACCUUGCAUCGCUGCAGCAGUCGAUUGGUUCUAUGACCCUAACAAUAACGAAGUAGUGAAUCCUAACAUCCCUCACGAAAUCAGACCAGCAGUAUACUGUACUAUGGUGAGGGAAGGUGGUGAAGAUGCCAUAGAAGCAUUAUUGAAUAGACUGGAGAUUGAACCGACCCAUUACGAGAGAGUUGUCAUUUUAGAGUCUCUAGCAUGCUCAGAUGAUCCCGAUUUUAUUAAUGGAUAUCUCAUGCAGACUAUAGUAUCAAAUAGUCCCUACAGUGUGGAAGAACGAGUGAAGAUUUUCGCAGCAGUGGCAGAAAGUAGUUACACGAAUGCAGACCUAGCUCGUGAUUUCAUGAGAUUGAGAGUCAAUGAAAUCAGAAACAUGUAUGGCGUGGAGAAACUUGAACAGUUGAUAUAUGUCCUGGCAGAAAAUAUGGCGGACGGUGAUUUAACUAGAGAAUUUGAAAUCUGGGUUCAGAGUUCGUUCAAUAACUUGGAAGACUCUCAAAUGACUGCUGAACGUGCACUCGCGUAUGUGCAAGAGAACCAGAACUGGGGAGACAAGUAUACGGAUGAUGUGUAUGAAUGGAUCGACGAAAACCACGCACCCACGCUUGUGUUGUCACUAGUAGCACUUUGCGUAUCUGUCAUGGCGGCAAUAUUCAACAAUUAAUUUAAUUAUUUUUUUUAAUAAUAAAUUCAAAAUGUCGGAGUUGUAAACGUAAGACCAAAAUUUAACUUUCAAAUUUUGAAUUUAUUUUAUGCGUAAUAGUUAAUUUUAUUAAGAUUUUAUUGUUGAAGUAAUUUGUAAUUAAUAUAUUUUUAUGUUAGUAUUAAGAUAGAAUUAAAAAAAGAACUCUACAAUACAAGUUAAGUUUAAUUAUAAUUUUAAAUGUUAAUAGUCUACAUAGAAUUUAGGUAGGUAUUUAAAAAUUGGUGAUGGGUUUAAGAAACUCGAUAAUAUCGUUGUCGAUAUUAUUCGUAGUUUCAUAAAAGGUUUGUCCGAAAUUAAAAAACAAAUCGGUUUGCAAUUGAAAAUUGUAUAAUCGAUUAUAUUUUUAAUAUUCGAAUAAGCUUCUGUGUGAUCACAUCUUGCUACAUAGAAUGUAAUGAGAAUGUUUGACAAGAGUAUGAAAUUAAUAUUAUACGUACUUAUAAUGAGUAAUUUGUUAUUGAUAGGUUUAUGUAAUUUAUAAUUUUAGUUGUUAGUACCAGAAUUGCACAAAGUGACUUUAGUUUUAGUGAAUAUAAUAUAAAUUAUCACUUAAUAUUUAAAAUUAUUAAUAUACGUAUAAUAUAAUAAUAUUUUAACAGUUAUCUUGGUAUUAGUUUAAGUAUAAAUAUAAAAUAGAUGACGUAUUUUAAGUAAAAUAUUAAAAUGUAAGAGUAUUUAAAACUUAUUAUUUUAUGAAACAUUUGUGUUUGAUUUUUAAGUUGUAUUUUUUUACUGCAUUUUCACUCAUAUUUUUAAUAUUUUUGUUCGUAAUUAAAUAAUUUAAGUAAACUAAAUCUGUGGCAAGCGCGUCCUCUUGCCUCAAAUUUAGUGUUAUGUGUAUUAAAUAUUAUUUAAUGUAAGUAUAUUACGAUAGAAAUAAGAAAUCGAAUAUAAACAUAAAAAUAUAUCUACUAUAUUUAAAUCAAAUUUUUUAAUUUUAAUAUUCAUUAUUAUGUAGUUAUUACGGGAAAAUAAUGUGUAAGUAAUAAAAUCUUUAAAUAAAAUAAAAUGUAAUAUGUACAUAUUGCAAAAUUGUUCAAAUGUAAAUCUAAAUAUAACAUUAGUUAAUAAUGAUUAAA